GUUUGAACACGUCAAAGGGCAACAUUACCUGUCUUAGCGCUGCAUCCUGGACGGACCGCUUCAUUUUACAAACUGAUACCGGACUGAGGAGCAAGGAUGACCGUUAAACUGGAUUUUGAGGAAUGCCUCAAGGACUCGCCGCGCUUCAGGGCCGCCAUUGAGACUGUGGAAGGAGAAGUGACUGACCUGGAGACUCGGCUGGAAAAGCUAGUGAAGCAGUACAACGUUGUGCUGGAGUCGAACCGCGUCUGCUGCAGCAACAGUCGGCAGUUUGUGACCAGCAUCCGCGAGCUGUCCCAGCAUUCCAAGAAAGAUGCCAUGCUCAUGGAUUGUUUGGAGAAGUUUUCCAGCAAGCUAUCAGGAAUAAUUGAUGCUCAAAUGGGGCUGAUUGAAUCGACUCAGAAAUCGGUGAAGCAGCAGCUGCAGAAUUUUGUAAAGGAUGAUGUAAAGAAGUUCAAGGACACAAAGAAGGAGUUUGACAAGAGCAGUGAAGCUUUAGAAACUGCUUUGAACCGCAACGCACAGGCGCCACGUAACAAGGUCCACGAAGUGGAGGACGCCAGCACAGCGCUUCUUAAUGCCAGGAAGACCUUCCGUGGUGAAGCCCUGGAUUAUGUGUUACAGAUCAAUGUUAUCGAAUCGAAGAAGAAGACAGAGGUCUUAUCAUCGAUGCUGGCACUGAUGGAAGCACAGGCAACCUUCUUUGCUGAAGGCCAUGAUUCCCUCAAACAGCUUGAGAACUACCGCCAACAACUGGCUGAGCAGCUCCACCAACUUGUCCUCAAUUCUGCACGAGAGAAGCGAGACAUGGAACAGCGGCACACUAUGGUGAAGCAAAAGGACAUCUCUUUUGAUGACUCAAUGGUUGAAUUUAGCAGCGAUGCUCCCAACGGGAUCGCCAUGGAAGGCUACCUGUAUAAGCGGGCCAGCAAUGCUUUCAAGACGUGGAGCAGGAGAUGGUUUUCAAUCCAGAAGAAUCAGCUGGUGUAUCAGAAGAAGCUGAAGGACACAGUGACAGUGGUGGUUGAAGACCUGCGGCUGUGCACAGUCAAGUCCUGUCCCGAUCUCGAGAGGCGCUUUUGCUUUGAAGUUGUAUCUCCUUCCAAAAGUUGCCUCUUGCAAGCUGAUUCGGAGAAGCAGCAGCAAGCCUGGAUGCUCGCCGUUCAAAACAGCAUCGCUACGGCCUUCCAGGAGCAGACAGAGGACCUCUCAAUCUCGCGCCUGGAGCGCACAUCCUCAACAUCUGCAGGAAGCGUAGGCGGAAUGGACCUUGCAGGUCAGAGGUGCGAGGGAGUGGACAAGAAGGUACUGGAGCAGGUUCAACGGAUCCCUGGCAAUGCUCAGUGCUGUGACUGUGGAGAACCCAACCCGGACUGGGCCAGCAUCAACUUGGGCAUCACUCUGUGCAUCGUCUGUUCAGGAAUACACAGGAGCUUAGGAGUGCACUUCUCUAAAGUUCGCUCACUGACCUUGGAUUCCUGGGAGCCUGAACUGAUGAAGCUCAUGUGUGAACUGGGAAACAGCACCAUCAACAGAAUUUAUGAAGCACGUAUUGACGAGAUGACCAUAAAGAAGCCGCACCCUGGAAGUCCGAGGCAGGACAAAGAUUCCUGGAUUCGAUCCAAGUACGUGGAGAAAAAGUUCAUUCAGAAGCUACCUGAGAUGGGGAGUCGUCUGAGAAGGUCCAGCGCUCGCAGGAAUUGGGCCAGUACAGACAAGGUCUCUAGCAAGCCAGCCUUGAAACCCAAGCCAGGCCGUGCCACACUUCCCAGACCCGGUGGCGCAGCCUCAAACCAACCAGCAUCAGGUAUCGGCAUCUUUAGCAGCAGCACCAGCCUGAACUCUAGUCACAGCAGCCUGAACUCUGCUACUUCUUGGAGAGAUAUUGAUGAUGACUUUAUGGAUGACAAGGACAAUGACCUGAGUGCCCUUCACCCUGGUGCCCUGCUGUACCGUGCUGCAGCUAUGCAGAAUUUCCCCGUUAUGGCUGAUGCUCUGGCACAUGGGGCAGAUGUCAACUGGGUCAACAACAACGAGGGGAAUCGCACCCCGCUUAUCCAGGCCGUGUCUGUGGACUCCUUGGUGGCCUGCGAGUUCCUCCUUCAGAAUGGGGCAAACGUAAAUCAGAAAGACUCUUUGGGACAUUCCCCCUUGCAUCAUGCCACUAUCCUGGGACACACUGGGUUGGUUUGCUUGUUCCUGAAGAGGGGUGCAGAUCAGCAGGCACGUGAUGAAAAUGGCAAGGACCCCCUGACCAUCGCCAUUGAUAACGCCAAUGCAGACAUUGUUACCUUGCUUCGUCUGGCCAAGAUGAAAGAGGAGAUGAUGCAGGAGACAGAAGGCAUUUACGGUCAACCAGGUGAUGAAACAUAUCAUGAUAUUUUCCGAGAUUUUUCGCAUAUGGCCUCCAACAAUCCGGAGAAGCUGAACCGAAGAAGUGGUGACAUGAAGACCCUGUAAUCUGGGCACAGUAAAGAAGCACAUGGGCCAGAAAGUAAAGAUCCUUUCUUGGAGUAGAUAAUGUCUGUAACUUAAUUUUUUGGAUUAGAGGAAGCCAAAUACCAAUUAAUCUUACUUCUUGCACAGGGCAGCCAAUGAAUGAAGAAAUGAAUUAUUCCUCCAAAAUGUAUGAGAACAUUUCAAAUACAUAUGUAUGUACACAUAGCAGCACCUCCAUGUACAGUAUGCUGUAUUAACACAAGAGGCCGACUGCUCACAAGCAGCUAGUGAGCGCUCAACAUUUUCCUCUUGCAGAGCAUCAAGCCCCCGAGCUGCCUAAUUUAAUGGUGUCCAGCCUACUACGGCGGACCCAAGGCAACAGUCCACCCUCGAUGUGAUGGCAGCCUGAAUAUUUCAUUUCAGGAAAAUUUCUGAUUUCCAUACUGCCCCAUGUUUGUGUUUCUGCUGCUUUACCCACCGCUUUAUUGGCACUUGUCUGCUUCCAAGUUGACAAAGUCGGCUUUCUGGUUUGAUUUGUAACAAAAUGAAACUUGGCGUGAUCACACUGAUUCACAAAGUGAGAACUGAAGGAACAAAGUUGUUUAAUGGUGUGUUCUGCUGUAAAAUAUGCAAGCCACACCUCGGUAGGAUGAGUUUACAUUUAUUCACUUAGUUAUGUUUGGCCUCAUUUGUAAGUUGCUUUCAAUAUACUGAGUAAGCAUCAGCCCGGAGCCUGUUAUGAAAAGUGUGAAGCUAGAAAAUAAAAGAGCUCUAAAUCAAAGUGAACAACACAAGACUCGUUAAUCUGCUCUUAGCUACCAAGAACCUCACAUCAAAGCCAUUAUCAAGUUCAAAUCAAUCUGAGUUUUAGUCAGUAUACCUGAAAUACAAUGAAACGCUUUUGAUGCUAAUCCCGCCAGUGCAGAAAAACUGAACCGGCAGAGAAAACAAGGUGCGGGGAGCAAGAGCAUGACACGUCAUCACUGGAGUAGUGAUAAAUAGACGAGAGCACCAAAUGAAAAUACCACACGCAACUGGCACUCAGUGAUGCGGAACUGGAUAAGUAAAUUAAAAAAUGAAUAGAUGGAAGUAUAAACUUAAAAGCUCGUACUAAAUGGAAAAUGUAACUGCCAUUCAGUGUGGCUGAGAAACAAAGGGACUGGAGGUGAAGGCGGUUCAGUCCUGACAGCUUAACUCAGUAUGAGCACGAGGAUGUGAGUAUGUACUGUAUAUCAAUAAUCUCCACACACACA